AUGGUUCCUAAACCAAAUACGGAUGAUUGGCGUCCUUGUGGCGAUUAUAGAGCCCUAAACAAUAUCACUAUGCCCGAUCGGUACCCCGUUCCUCAUCUUCAGGACUUUGCUGGAGCCCUUUUCGGCAAAACAAUUUUCUCGAAGAUCGAUUUGGUGCGGGCUUUUCAUCAAAUUCCGAUUGCGGCCGAGGACAUUCCCAAAACGGCAGUGACGACUCCUUUUGGCUUGUUCGAGUUCCUUCGUAUGCCAUUUGGUCUCCGAAAUGCCUCACAAACUUUCCAACGUUUCAUUGACCGUGUUUUACGCGGCCUUCCAUUUGUUUAUGCGUAUAUUUAUGAUGUUCUCGUCGCCAGUCGAGAUGUGGAGGAACAUCUCCAUCACCUUACCCUGCUUUUCGACCGAUUUCAGCAGUUUGGUGUCACCCUGCAUCCUUCCAAAUGUGUCCUAGGAGCCACUUCUCUUGAGUUCUUAGGUCACCUGAUAGACUCAAACGGCAUUCGGCCUCUUCCCUCAAAAGUUGCCGCCAUUCGGGACUUUCCACCCUCUACCUCGAAGCGUCAGUUGCAACGGUUUCUUGGUAUGGUGAACUUUUAUCGCCGGUCUCUCCCGAACUGUGCCGAUACCAUCCUACCUCUGACCGAUCUCCUCUCAGGUCCCAAACGCACCUUUGAACUUACAUCAGCCGCACUCACGUCAUUUGAGCAGGUAAAAGACCUUCUGGCUGACGCCACCCUCCUGACUCACUUUCACGCUGAUGCACCCAUAUCUUUGAUGGUCGAUGUCUCCAAUGUUGCUGUUGGCGCGGUUCUUCAACAAAGUCUGCCGGAUUCUACCGUGCCUUUGGCUUUCUUCUCCAAGAAACUAUCCAAAGCAGAAACCCGCUACAGCACAUUCGGACGUGAACAUCUCGCCGCUUAUCUUGCCGUAAGGCACUUCCGGCAUUUACUCGAAGGUCGAGAGUUCACAAUUUUCACUGAUCAUAAGCCACUCACGUUUGCAAUACAUUCCCAUUCUGACAAGCUAAGCCCCCGGGAGAUCCGUCACCUGGACUACAUUUCGCAGUUCACUUCAGACAUCCGCCAUAUUGACGGGUCAAGGAAUGAGGUGGCUGACGCACUCUCCAGGCCCUCUAUUGCUCAUCUUCAGCUUUCACCCGGGAUAGACCUCGCUGAGAUGGCCGCUGAAGAACGCCGUGUCGGUCCACCCUGUGAUGAGGAUGUUUCCGGACUCCAACUUCAGGAACUACCACUGACAACUGGCAAUGGCACCAUCUUAUGCGACGUAUCCACCCCUUCCCAUCGUCCAUUUGUGCCUCCAUCUCUCCGCCGCAAAGUUUUCUCCUCCCUGCACAAUCUGUCUCACCCCGGGAGUCGAGCAACCGACAAGCUGGUUUCCGACCGCUUCGUCUGGCCUGGUAUGCACAAGGACCUGAAGGCAUGGACACGGGCUUGCAUUGCCUGUCAACGGAGCAAGAUCCAGCGGCACAACAAGGCCCCCAUUGGUACCUUCCACGGCCCUGGUGCAAGGUUCAGCCACGUUCACCUGGACAUCGUAGGCCCCCUGCCUCUGUCCAAUGGUUGUUCCUAUAUCCUCACCUGUGUGGAUCGGUUCACUCGGUGGCCUGAAGCAAUUCCCCUGCCUGACAUUGCUGCUCCAACGGUGGUCAAGGCUUUUCUCAGUCGUUGGGUUGCUAUCUUUGGUGCACCCUCCACAAUCACUACUGACCGUGGUGCCCAAUUUGAAUCUAAUCUCUUCCAGUCUUUACUCUCCUUUUUAGGCUGUACCCGCAUCCGGACGACAGCCUAUCACCCGGCUGCUAACGGGAUGGUCGAGCGGUUUCACCGCCAGCUGAAGGCCUCCCUACGCGCCGCGGCCGAUCCGGAGAACUGGACGGAUCACCUUCCUCUGGUCCUCUUGGGCAUCCGCUCCGCUCUCAAGCCGGACCUUGACUGUUCCGCAGCUAAACUGGUGUUCGGCUCCACCGUCCGUCUCCCCGGUGAGAUGAUCUCGCCAACCCCUCAAGGUGCAGUUGAGGAUCCUACCAACCUCCUGCAUCGUCUCCGGCAGUUUAUGCGGACACUUUCUCCGGUUCCUCCCAGGUCCUCCGCCUCUCCGUCUUAUCUCGAGAAGGACAUGGCAACGUGCUCUCACGUCUACCUUCGAUGUGAUCGAGUCCGCCGGCCUCUGGAACCGCCCUAUGACGGCCCAUUUCGGGUGCUCUCUCGCGGGCCGAAGACUUUCCGCAUUCAGCGCGACAAUCGUGAAGAGGUCGUGAGUGUGGACUGCCUCAAGGCUGCCGUCCCUGACACUCCUCCGGAUGAGCCCUGUGGUCCUCAACCUUCUGCUUCCCCCCACGGAGCCUCUAUUCCACCGUCCCGUAUUUUCCCCCUGCCCUCCUGUCCGCCAUCUCCGACUGCCACCACCAACUCCAACACAUCCGCCACCAGAUUUAUUCACUCUUCUACGGACCCUGCAUAUAUCACUCGUAGUGGUCGUCAUGUACACUUUCCUGAUCGGUUGGUCACGCAUUUCUUUUAG